AUGGACUUCUCUUAUAACAAUAUUUACCAGUCUCCUAUUGGGAUGGCUCCCUAUGAGAUGCUUUAUGGGUGCAAAUUUAGAUCUCCCUUGCAUUGGGAUAAGGUUGGGGAGAAGAAGAUUUUUUGCCACGAGGAUGUUAAGGAAACUAGUGAGGUGAUUGAGAAAAUUCGCCAAAGGAUGCUUAUUGCUCAAAGUCGGCAUAAGAGCCAUGUAGACCAUAAGAGAAGGGACAUCAUGUUUUUAGUUUGCAAGUUUAUGUUCUUAAGAGCUUCGCCAAUGAAGGGUGUUAUGCAUUUUGGGAAAAAGGGGAAAUUGAGCCUGAGAUUUAUAGGUCCAUUUGAUAUUUUGGACAUACUUUGGCAAGUUGCGUACCGUUUCGCACUACCCCCAGCACUAGCUGAAAUGUGUAAUGUCUUUCAUAUCUCGAUGUUGUGUAAGUACCAGGAGGACCCCUCCCAUGUUCUUAGAUAUGAGUCAUUACAGUUGAAGCAGGACCUGGCUAACGAUGAACAGCCUGAGCGUAUCAUCGAAGAGGGAGUCAAGGAACUGAAAUCCAAAAAGAUUCCAUUAGUUAAGGUCCUCUAG